AUGGAGCCGUCGCGGCGGCUUCUGCUCUCCGACUACGACGGCGCGAUCAUGUCGCCGCUGCCGUCGCCGUCCACGUCCUCGGCCGCGCCGUUCAAGCCGGGCGUGGCGGUGGUCGUGGGGAUACUGACGAGCGUCUUCUCCAUCACGUUCCUCCUGCUGCUCUACGCCAAGCACUGCAAGCGGAGCGCCGCGGAGUCGUCGGGCCCGUACGGCAGCGGUGGUGGUUCCGGUGGCGGGGCGGCGGGUGAGCGGAGGAACUCCGGCGUGGAACGCGCGGUGGUGGAGUCGCUCCCGGUGUUCCGCUUCGGCGCGCUGCGCGGGCAGAAGGCCGGGCUCGAGUGCGCCGUCUGCCUCGGCCGCUUCGAGCCGACGGAGGCGCUGCGGCUGCUGCCCAAAUGCCGGCAUGGGUUCCACGUCGAGUGCGUGGAUACGUGGCUGGAUGCGCACUCCACGUGCCCGCUCUGCCGCUCCCGCGUCGACCCGGAGGACGUGCUGCUCCUGCCCGAGCCGCCCAAGCCGUCCACGACGGGACCUCCCGAACCGCCGGAGCAGAAAGCUGCUGCUGCUGCUGCCACUGCCGUUGCGACGGUCAAGGACAAGAGCAAGGACGCAGCCUUGGCUCCUGCACCUGCUCCCUCCCCGGCGUGGCGAAGGAUCGGGGGCCGGCACUCGACGGGGUCAGUGCGAGCGCCUGGGCGGGUUGGCCCUACGUCACGGCGCUCGGCCGAUCUGGAGUUGGGAGGAGGCGAUGGUGGCGCGGCUACGGUGGGCUGCUUCGACGUCGCGAAGGUGAGGAAGGACCGGGUGCUGAUGGUGGAGCCGGCAGCCGCAGUGGCGGAGCCCGAUCCCGUGGCGUUCGACAGGCGCUUCGGGCACCGUAUCCUGGUGAGCACCGCGUGCGGCUGCGACGACGAGACGGCCCCGGCAGCGAAGCAGCGGUGGAGCGACCUCCGGCCGGCCGAUCUGAUGUUCGUGCGGUCAGAGAUGCUGGUGACAGAGACCGGGCGAUACUCCUGCUCGGCCGCCGUCAACUCAGGCAACCGCGGCAGGACGGAGAUCAGCGGGCGCUGCCUCUCCGAGAUCGCCGGCGUGAGCCGCCUCCCUCCGAUCCGCGCCGGCGCAGAAGCGCGGGCCGGGAGCGCGCGUCGGUGGCCGGGCUCGAGCUGGUGGGCCCGGGGCUCGCCCGGCGUUAACGGCCCUAGCACCUAG